UGGCACUGACCUGUCCUCCCUCAGCCCCGGGGCGCAGCGCUGCCCCCCAUCCCCUGCACCUCUCUGCCUAUGUGUGCCUGGCGCCGGCUUUGAGGGAGAAAAAGGGGUGGGAGAAGGGGGCUCUCCUGAACUGCUUCCAGAUCUGGUGCAUAUGGUGCAUUUCUUCUCCAGGGGCGAAACCCUGAGAUGGAGGAAUGUAACUGGGAAACUCAGCCUAAUCCCUCCUGCCGGGAAGUGCACCCCUGGUUACCCCACAGGAUUGGCCGCUAUCUGCCUCUCCUCCUCCGGCGGGGCUUCGCACCCGAUCGCUCAUUUCUCCCGUCUCCCUUUCCUUAGCGUCGCUACUUCCAUAAGGAUAUAUUGCCUCGUUUAGGCAAAAAAGUCCUUCAGCUUAUGUGAACUAGAUCUUGAUCUGGCACACUGGAAAGCUCAGUCAUUAAGUCAUUAAGAAGCAGAACGGGAAAGAAAAACAGCUGGAAAUGUCAUUGAAGGCUCAGAGAAGGCUGUGAGUCCAGUUCAUGUCCAGUCCCGGAGCAGGAGGUUGGAAGGACCAGACAACCGAAAGGAAAUACCAGGAAACUAAAAAGAGAAGAGGCAGUCCAGCAAAUCGUAUUCAUGAAAAAUUCCCCAAACCCUUCUAGUCAGUGGGAGUUUCACACCAAGAAAGGCCACAAGAUGAGUGAUCCUUGUGCUGGAUCCAGUCAGCAUGAUGAGAAAACUACCUGACUGAAAAACAGAAGGGGCAAGACUCAAGCAUGGGGAGGAAGAGGUCUACUUCUGGAGCAGGAGACUGCUGUGAAGAGAGGAACUCACGCCCAGCUGGAGGCUUCAGGAAAUGCACAAUGGCUUCGUUCCCUGUCUUGGAGCAAGAGACGUUGUUCCGGAACGGAACCUGGAGCUAUCGCAUUCCAGCCCUGCUCUACCUGCCCCGGUUCAGCAUGAUCCUGGCGUUUGCCGAGGAGCGGGAGGAUGUGGUGGAUGAACACGCCAAGCUCAUAGCGAUGCGCAGGGGCGUGUACGACCCCAGCACACACCACGUCCAGUGGAAUAACAUGGAGACCCUUUUCACUGCACAGCUGAAAGACCACCGAUCUAUGAACCCCUGCCCGGUUUACGAUGAGGUCUCCGGGAAGCUGAUCCUGUUCUUCAUAGCUGUCCCAGGAAAGAUCUCCGAGCAGCAUCAGCUCAGGACAAAGAUUAACCUGGUACGCCUCUGCUACGUCACCAGCAUGGACCAAGGGCGCACCUGGAGCGCUGCCCAGGAUGUCACCGACGGCACCAUCAGGACCGAGUACAAGAACUGGGCCACGUUUGCGGUGGGGCCGGGUCACGGAUUACAGUUGCUCAACGAGGCCCGGAGCCUGGUGAUUCCCGCCUAUGCCUAUCGUAUCUUGGACCCUAAGCAGCACCCCACCCCUCACGCCUUCUGCUUCAUCAGCUCUGACCAUGGCACAACGUGGGAGCUGGGCAACUUCGUGGGCGAGGAGAGCGCGGUGGAGUGCCAGGUAGCAGAGGUGCAUACCUGUGGCAGGAGGGUCCUGUACUGCAACGCGAGGAGCACCAGGGGAGCCCGAAUCCAGGCCGUCAGCUACAACCAUGGGCUGGACUUCGAGGGAGGGCAGCGGGUUGAAAUGCUAGUGGAACCUCCCUUUGGAUGCCAUGGAAGUGUUACUGCCUUUCCACCUCCCCCUGAUGCCAGGUGCCAAGACAGUUGGUUACUCUAUGCUCACCCUACAGACCCAAAGGGUCGGAAAGAUUUAGGAAUUUACCUCAACAAAAGCCCUUUAAAUCCAGCACACUGGACAAAACCUAGCAUCCUCUUCAGGGGCCUGUGUGCUUAUUCGGAUCUGCAGUACAUGGGUGUUGGACCCGAUGGCUCACCCUUGUUCUCCUGCCUCUUUGAAUAUGGGACCCGCCGGCAGUGCGAAGAGAUGAUCUUUGUCAUGUUCACCUUGAAGCAAGCCUUUCCCUCAGAGCUCUGAGUCUCAAGCCUUUCCACCAGCAUCCCUCCAAACACCACCUUUGCUGAUACUUUUCACUAUCACUUCUCAUCUUUGAGCAGGAGGUUUUUUGUACUCCUGCUGCACACUUAGUUUGGCGUUGGCUUGCGGCGUCUGUAGAUUAUGAAGUCUAUUAAAUGUAACAAAACUUAA